CAGAUUCAAAUCCCUAACAAAAUGAAACUCCCAAAAUACCCGUGGAAGAGGCAGAAAUCCCCUGUAUAUCCUUGCUUGGUUCAAUGUUCAAUCGGGGAGUGUGUAUAUAUGUAAAAACCCUUCACAACCAAAACUCUGAAUUUCUUUCCUUGUAUAAAAGUUAUUGACUUUUGAAUUUUACAGAGACAAAAACUGUAAAAACUGAGUUUGAAAUUUCAAUAGAAAGAGAGAUUGGAAAGGGAAUGGAGGGAGCAGCAGCAACAGCAGCAGGGCAGUACAACCCACGUACAGUGGAAGAAGUUUUCAAGGAUUUCAAGGGCCGCAGAGGUGGUUUGGUUAAAGCUCUCACUACUGAUGUUGAAGAGUUCUAUCGGCAAUGUGAUCCGGAGAAGGAGAAUCUGUGCUUGUAUGGCUUUCCUAGUGAACAAUGGGAAGUCAGUUUACCUGCUGAAGAAGUGCCUCCAGAGCUUCCUGAGCCUGCACUUGGCAUUAACUUCGCAAGAGAUGGCAUGCAGGAAAAGGACUGGUUAUCCUUGGUGGCUGUCCAUAGUGAUGCGUGGCUGCUUUCUGUGGCCUUCUAUUUUGGUGCUAGAUUUGGGUUUGAUAAAGCUGACAGGAAGCGACUUUUCAAUAUGAUAAAUGAUGUCCCGACAGUAUAUGAAGUUGUGACGGGUGCUGAUAAGAAACAAGCAAAGUCUGUAGCCAAUCACAAUAGCAACAAAUCCAAGUCAAACUCUAAAGUGCAGCGAGAAUCUCAGGGAAAGUACUCAAAAGCACCACAGCCGAAGGAUGAAGAUGAGGGCGUAGAUGAAGAAGAGGAGGAGCAUGGGGAGACAUUAUGUGGUGCAUGUGGUGAGAACUAUGCAUCUGAUGAAUUCUGGAUUUGCUGUGACAUCUGUGAGAAGUGGUUCCAUGGAAAGUGUGUGAAGAUCACCCCUGCUAGAGCUGAGCAUAUUAAGCAGUACAAGUGCCCAUCCUGCAGUAACAAGAGAGCUCGCCCUGCAUAGGGAUCAGGCCUGUGGUUCUUUGCCUUUGAAUUCUCGUUUGGUGAACUCCUAAUUGACUUGUUAAUCUGUUCCUCUCUUGGAUCUUUUAUUAAUGCAGUGUGUUAGUGGGUAGAGCAAGUGUACUUUUAUCUGGUAGUUUCCAAUAUGUGUAGCUGUAGUUCAUGUAGGAUUUUUUUAAGUUGGAAACUCCUCAUUCUCUCUUCCAAUUUACUAGGAAAUAUCUUUUCAA